AUGAAUGUCAAUAGUGUACCUGAAUCGAAGAACCCUACAGUGGCUUAUAAAGAAGGAAGUAGAACUACGGUAAACCAGCCUACCAGUGAAAGUAUGCUUGAAGUAUUUACGAUAACAUGA